AUGGGUGUCUGUGAAGAUACAACUAAUAAGGUUCUUUCUGAACGAAGAAUAAAAACUCUUGAUAAUUUGACACAAAUCAAUGAAAAUUUAGAAAAUUUAGAAAAUGCUUGCAACCUUAUAAUUGAAGUAUUGCUCAAAAAUGAUAAAGACAUUCCUUUUGCUAUGAUUUACCUUGUAGAUCAUAAUAUUGAAAGUACCCAUCUUCAAACUCAUGCUGCUCGUCUAAUUGCUACAACUUAUUGCAAAGUUCUGUAUGACCAAUAUGAGAAACCAAAGAGGCAUAGGUUUGAUCAACCACCUGUAGUUUAUUUAAAUAAUUAUGCUGAAGAAAACUACGACGAUUAU